AUGGCUCGGAUGACACCAGAGAAGCUAUGCUUUCUCGUCUAUACCAUGGUGUAUAAGAAGCGCAUUCCCAUCUACAAUCUACAAAGUAUAAUCCCGUCGUCAGAAAUGCGUUCUUCCGUCUCUUUCCUCAUUGCAGCUCUUGCUGCUGGCACUUUGGCCAUGCCAGUGGCCGAGACCACCACCACUUCCAACUACUGUGGCUUUGGCACUAAUGCAGAUGGCUCAUGUAUCGUCCCAACUACGUCCUCGAGCUCUGUUUCCUCUACCACGACUACUUCCGUGCCAACCACGACCUCAAGCUCUACUUCCUCUACCACCACAACGAGCUACUAUUGCGGCUUUGGAACAGCUGCUGAUGGCUCAUGCAUUACCCCCACGUCGACCAGCACGUCGACCUCAGCCAGCACCACAACGACCUCAUACUGGUGCGGCUUUGGCACCGCCUUGGACGGCAAAUGCAUUACACCCACAACCACCACCACCACACCGGUCUCGACUACAACCACCACGUCAUUCUGGUGUGGAUUUGGCACAGCACUAGACGGAAAAUGCAUCACUCCAACUAGCACCAGCACCAGCACUUCGACUACCAGCACCACUACCACUACCACUACCACGACCUCACAUUCCAAGACUACUACGACUAAGUGUACGAGCACCAGCAGUACCUCUACCUCCAGUGCCAGCACCAGCAAGAGCACUUCAAGCACGUCGACCAGCUCCUGCUCCACUACCAGCACCAGCAGCGUGCCAACCACAGCGAGCACCACUACCACUCACUAUUGUGGAUUUGGCACUGCUCUGAAUGGAAAAUGCAACCCAUCGCCGACCUCAACUAGCACCUCGACUACUUCCACCACCACUCCUGCCUCUCAGUGGUGUGGAUAUGGGACGGCCGCCAAUGGUCACUGCAAUCCUGCUCCUACCCAGUCACCCACUACCCAUCAUUGGUGCCCUUCUCCAGCCACAGUGACUGUCACUGCCACACCUACCUUGGCCCCCAACUUCUUCUAUAACUUGAGUGACUGUGUUGGUUGUCAAACCAUUACAAUCACCAUGGCCGUGCCCACGUUGAUUGGUGCCUGGUGA